GUCUUAAUUGAGGAACACACUUGUACUUCCAGUGCUAGAAGGAAAACCACGACCCCUACUAGCGCUUGGGUAGCAUCAAAGGUUAUCCAUCUUCCAUUGCUUGCUGUAUGUACAGAUGCAUGCAAAGGGUUAGAAAAUGCAGUAAAACUUGUUUUCCCUCAGGCUGACCAAAGAGAAUGCUUUAGGCAUCUAAUACAGAAUUUUGUUAAGAGGUUUGGAGGUGACAUAUUCUCUAAGAUGUACCCUACAGCUAGGGCAUAUAGGCCAGAAGUUUCACAAUUCUUUUACAAUCAAGUUGUGGAAGCUUCCCCAGAUGUAAAGAAAUGGCUAGAUACUUACCACAAGCUGAAAUGGAGGAGAAGUCAGUUUAAUCCUGCCAUCAAGUGUGAUUAUGUCACCAACAAUCUAGCUGAAGUCUUCAACAAUUGGAUUAAAGAUUGGAAGGACCUUCCAGUUGUUGAGCUUGCAGACAAGUGUAGGGAGAUGAUAAUGGUGUUGUGGGAGAAAAGGAGAAGAAUUGGAGAUAAACUUAAUGGGAAGAUCUUACCUGCUGUUUUACAACAAUUGAAGGCAAGGACCAGAGGCCUAGGGCAUCUAUCAGUGACAAAGGCUGGUUUUUUCUCUGCACAGGUUGAGGACAGCACAAACACUCACAACAGACAUGUAGUGAAGUCAUAUUUGCAUGAGUGUACAUGCCUAGAGUGGCAGCACACCGGCAAACCUUGUCCACAUGCAUUGGCUUUGAUUACAGCACAGGAGAGUGUGGAUGUCGAAUUGGAAGAUUUUGUGCAUGAAUUCUACUCUGUACAAAGGUUCAAAAAUGCAUAUAAGAGAAUAAUUGAACCACUACCUGAUAAGUCUCAAUGGCAAACAGUGGAUCUGCCCUAUGCGGUUGCUGCACCACUUGACAAGAGAGGUAAAGGAAGGUAUAAGAAACUAAGAAUUAAGAGUUGUUUGGAAGGUGGGAAUAGCAAAGGGGAAAAAGUAGCUACAGAGAAAGGCAAGGAAGCUGACAAGAAUGCAGUACUAGAAGCUGACAUGGAGGGUUCAAACCAAUCUGAGAAGGGGAAAAGGAAGAUGAUUAGAGGCAAAAGAAAGUGCAAAAGAUGUGGAGAAUUAGGUCACAGUGAAACUAGCUACAAGUGCCCAUUGAACGGAACAAAGAAAAGGAAGAGAAAGCCUCGCAUGAAUAGAACAAAGUAUGGGGAUAAUGCCAAAAUCCCCAAAACUCGACUUCAACGAAGUGUCCAAGGUCAAGGUGUUGUCCAAGGUGAAGCUAAUGUCGAACUUGAAACUGUUCAAGAUCAUGGUGCUGUCCAAACUGAAGCUGAUGUCCAGCUCGAAGUUUCUCUUCCGGUUACACCAACAAGGGAGUCUAUUUUACAGGACAGCCCAAUCAGAGUCACUAGGAGUCGGCUUGCUAUGCUACUGGGAGAUGGACAGAUUGAUAUCCAGUCACCUCCCAAGAAUACAACUCCUAAGAAGAUGCUAAUGAAGAAGCUCACACCAAGGAAGCUGAAGAAAAUGUGACAAGAUUGUA